GUUUACAUAUUUCAGAUGCCCCGACGUUAUGAUAAACUAUAUAAAGAUUCUUCUUUCAGUGUCAGUCAUCAGCUGGUUCUUCUCCUCGGUUUCAGCCGUCACCACUCAGCUAAGAUGACAUCAGUCUUUCUGAUCUCUGUGUGUCUCUGUCUGUCCAGCGGACUGCUGGCUGCAUAUGGUGCCCCCCCCUGUCCUCCUGAUUGGACUCAGUUUGGCUCUCGCUGUUUCAGUUACAACAUCCAGCCAAAGACCUGGAUCGACGCAGAGACCUUCUGCCAGACCGCUGGAGGGAAUCUGGCUUCCAUCCACUCAGCUGAGGAACAUAAAUUUAUCAGGGACUACAUUAACCAAGUGUCCAUUACAAACAGCCAUUCCUGGAUCGGAGGCUUUGACGCAGUGAGGGAGGGUACGUGGUUGUGGUCUGAUGGAUCCAAAUUCGACUUCACCUACUUCAACGCGGGGGACCCUAACGGGGGUGCAUGGGAGAACUGUCUGCUGAUUUACUAUGGAGUAAGCGGAUGGUACGACGGGGCUUGUGGCGCCUCAGUGUCUUUCAUGUGCUCCAAGGACAGCGUGGAACCCUAGACUGUUAAUAUUAAUAGUAAUAUAAUAUUACUAUUAAUAUUAAUAAUAAUAUAAUAUUAAUAUUAAUGACAGAGCAGGGUCUUGUUAUGGUCUCAAUCGCUAGUUUUAAGUCUUCUGCAACACAGAAUGAUCAUCUUAUGAAUUAUGGUCUUGUUGACUCCUCCCUCUCUCCUCCUUCACUCCUCCUUUUCUCCUCCCUCUCUCCUCCCUCUCUCCUCCCUCUCGUCUAAAAUCAUGACAUCAUCAACCAGGAUGGCUGAGCCCGUAACGGCAAUCUCGCCGACUCAUAGCAAAUCCCCACAAACCAAUGGGUGACAUCACACCUGCUCUGUCCAUUAAUAUUAUCCAGUCUCUGUGUGACCCUAACGCUCCAUCAUGAAGCCUCUACAUCUCUAAUCUCUAUCAUUGAUUCAUCUCUAAUCUCUAUCAUUGAUUCAUCUCUAAUCUCUAUCAUUGAUUAAUCUCUAAUCUCUAUCAUUGAUUCAUCUCUAAUCUCUAGCAUUGAUUCAUCUCUAAUCUCUAGCAUUGAUUCAUCUAACCCUCCAUCCAAAGGUAAACCUACCAGAUAUGGGUGGUGAUGAUCUUUUUAUACAAAAUGUCCAGAUAGAAAUUAAAAGUGUAUAUUUUAUCAGAGCUUUCUGUGAUCCAGGAGGAGAAUGCAUCUGUAAUAACACUUCAUAAUAACUAUUAAUAAUUCAUAUAGUACACUGGUUUAAUGAACUGGUUUCUUUUAAUUCUUAAAACUGAUGUGUUGGGUUCUUUAUUAAUCUGAUUUCCUUUACUAUGUAAUCAACUAAGCAUUCAAAAAUAAAAGACAUGUAGUCUUAAACAGUGUCUGGUCCUG